AUGCCAGAUUUGUUAGCCCGAAUAUUUCGAGCAAAACUUGAAGAACUAAAAAUAGAUUUAAUAAAGAAAGAAAUUCUAUGGCCUAUAGCUGCCUAUGUGUAUGUAAUUGAAUUUCAAAAAAGAGGUCUACCUUAUGUUCAUGUUCUCCUGAUAUUUAAAACCAAUUUUAAGAUUACUAAUUCUACGCAAGUUGACGAAAUUGUUUCUUGUAAAAUAUCAUAUCCAAAGAGAAAUCCUCACCUGCAUGCUACUAUGGUCAAACAUAUGAUGUAUGGUCCUUAUGGACAAUUAAAUCCUACAAAUGUGUGCAUGGAAAAUAACCAUACUUGUAAAAACAAGUAUCCAAGAGAAUACAUUUUGCAUACUUCAUUAGGUAGUAAUUCAUAUCCACUUUAUAGGCGUCGUGACGAUAGUGUUACUGUUAAGGUCAGAGGGUCUGUACUAGACAAUAGAUGGGUUGUACCAUAUCAUCCUUAUAUUUUAGCUAAGUAUGAUUGUCACAUUAAUGUUGAAAUUUCUUCUGUUAAAGCAGUCAAAUAUUUAUACAAAUAUGUAUACAAAGGAUAUGAUCGUGUUAAUUUUACGGUGAAUAAAGAAACUAAUGAGCAUUAUGUUGAUGAGAUUUUGAAUUAUCAAACCGCUAGAUGGAUAUCUGCACCGGAAGCUAUAUGGAGAAUUUUUAGUUUUGAUUUAUUUGACAUAUCUCCUUCCAUAGUUUCUUUGCAAUUACAUAUUGAAAAUGCUCAGUUGGUUACAUAUAAUGAAACAGAUGAUUUAUCAGAAAGUCCUAGAAAGAAGCAAAAUGUUAUUGGUAGAAUAGUUGCUGCUAAUCCAUUUGAGGGCGAGAGAUACUUUCUAAGAGUUUUAUUGAAUCAUGUUAAAAGGCUUAAGUCUUUUCAAGAUUUAAGAACAGUUAAUAACAUUGUUGUGCCUACUUAUCGCGAAACUGCAUUUUUACAUGGUCUAAUAGGUAGGAAUAAUUAUUGUGAAAUGUGUUUAAAUGAGGCGAUCACCUAUGAAAUGCCUAUAUCAUUGUGUCGCCUGUUUGCUAAUAUGUUAAUUUUUUGUAACCCUGCAAAUCCUAGGAAUUUAUGUGUUAAAUUUAAAGUGUACAUGAUAGAAGAUUUUUUACAUGCAAGCAUGACAGUAUGUGAUGUCGAGAUUAGGGCUUUGAGAUGCAUAAAUUCAUUCUUGAAAGUUUUUGGUACAAAUAUAAAUGAUUUUGGUCUGGUAAAUUUUGACGUAAUUGUGAAUGAUGUUGAUGUGUUAGCAAACAUGAUUUUAGAAGAGACUACAAAUAUUAAUGUUCAGUGUGACAUGCAUUUUACAGAGAAUUUAAAUAAGGAGCAAGAAUCUGUCUAUGAUGUUAUUUUAGACUCAACAGCAUCAUCGAGAGUGACUGCUUCUUUAUUGCCGGCUGGGCGAACUGGUCAUUCACGUUUUAAAAUCCCACUUCAAUCAAAUCUGAUAUGCGAUGUUCAAAUUGGAAAUGGAAUAGAAAGAGAACAUACGUAUCACAUGAUUAAGCUUCCUUCAGAUAUAAUAAUAGAUUUUGAGAGUGAAUUUGAAUCAUUGAAAAAACUAAUUGCUAUCGUGUUUCCUAAUUUUCACACAUAUGGUGACAAUUUGAAUACUAUGAUGAACAGAGUUAUUUUGACUCCAAAAAAUGAACAUGAGGAUGUAAUAAAUAAUAUCCUAAAAGAGGAUAUUUUCUCUGCUAAUUCAUCUUGUGUCAAGGAGAAUAACAUUGAGCUAUACAAUGUUAGUUAUUUUUACAUGUUAUUAUGCGUUUCAGUUAUACUUUACUUGUUAGUACAAAACAUGGUGCACAUAAAAGGGUUAGGUCAUUAUCUUUAA